AUGGUAGUCGUCGGUGGUGGAAGAAAACCGGAUUCACCCCCUAAAACUAAGUUUUCAAGAGCGCCCCCUAAGAAACCACGUAACCACUUUAGCACUAUAAAUAAAAUAGUACGCACUAAACCCCCGAAGGGGGAUAAACCAUCCGGCCCUCCUCCGUCUCUCCUAAGGACUAGUAGUAACGGGUUAUCCUUACGAUACCCGCGAGACCCUCCGUCGGCGAAUACUAAGGGAGAUUAUCGAAAGAAGGCUAGUGCUCCCCUUAGUAGUAGAUACUACUUUAUAGUAGUAAAGGUUCUCCCCUCCGGAGAUAUUAAGAUAACAGUGGAUAGUACCUUAGCUAAAAUUGUUCGGCCUAGCGGCUUAUAUUCGGAAGCCGAUAUAGGGGGUUAUUACGAGUACCCUUCUAGAUAUAGUAACACCGCCGAGAUUAAAUACGCUAACUAUAGCGGGGCCUAUAGGCCGAUAAGUGAUACCUACGAGGUAAGAGUAGUGGUAAAGGAGGAGAUAAUCGUUAAAGUAAGCUCUAAGCGAAUCCCGAUCCUAGCGUUAAGCGAGAUUAGGAGGCUCUACCGAAAGGGACUAGUUACUAGCCUAGCUAUACAAACUAGAUCGAGAAUAUUGGAGGAUAAUAACCUAUUAGCUAUACUAGAGGAAUAUACCGAAUCUACUAUUAUACCUAGGAUCACUAAGGUCGAGGAUAACCUAGAGAAGGAGUUCUAUAAUACCUUAGAAUAUAGUGAUACUACUAAAGCCGAAACUAAUACCCACACUACUACCUUAUCACAAUAA